AUGAUAGCAAAGCUGGAGAAGGCUUUAAAGCAGCAGCUCAUGGAUUCACCAAACCAAGCGGCUUGCUCUGCAGAGAAGGAGCUUGCCAGAAUGCGAACACAGUUUGUGCAGAGGGUGACAGCAGAAAAUCUCACACAGCUACUUGAAGCUCUUGUAACAGACAAUGUCUUGAAUGAGUUGGAGAAAGAAAGGAUACAGGAAAUGAACCAAAGUAGAGCAGACAAGGCACGCGACUUCAUUGACACUGUGAAGAAAAAGGGAGAAAAAGCCUGCAGGAUAAUGAUCAGUCACCUUCGAACCAUUGAUCCUACAGUUUCCUGUCAGCUAGGUUUGUCCUCUGGGCCAUCUGUUCGGUUAGCAGCACUUGAAAAGUGUCAGCUCAAAUUCAAAUCUACUCUGAAGAAGAAGUUCCAGUGUGUGUUUGAGGGAAUUCCUAAAGCAGGAAAUCCAACCCUUCUGAAUCAGAUCUACACAGAGCUCUACAUCACAGAGGGAGAGACUACAGAGGUCAAUCAUGAACAUGAGGUCAGGCAGAUUGAAACAGCAUCCAGGAAAUGGCACAGAUCAAAAAUAACAAUCAGACAAGAAGACAUCUUUAAAGGCCCACCUGGAAGAGAUGAACCGAUCAGGACGGUGUUGACAAUGGGAGUGGCUGGAAUUGGGAAAACAGUGUUAACACAGACGUUUACUCUGGAUUGGGCUGAAGGCAAAACCAAUCAGGACAUCCAGUUCAUAUUCCCAUUCACUUUCAGGCAUUUGAAUGUGCUACAAGAGAAAAGGUUCAGCUUGGUGGAACUUAUACAUCUCUUCUUUACUGAAACCAAAGAAGCAGGAAUCUGCAGGUUUGAAGACUUCCAGGUUCUGUUCAUCUUUGAUGGUCUGGAUGAGUGUCGAACUCCUCUGGAUUUCCACAAAACUAAAAUCCUAACUGACCCUCAAAAGUCCACCUCCGUGGAUGCGAUACUGAUAAACCUCAUUAGAGGGCAUCUGCUUCCCACUUCUCGCCUCUGGAUAACCACACGACCUGCAGCAGCCAAUCAGAUGCCUGCUGGGUGUGUUGACAUGGUGACAGAGGUCAGAGGAUUUACUGACCCACAUAAGGAUGAGUACUUCAGAAAGCGAUACAAGGAUAAGAAAAAAGCCAAUAGGGUAAUCUUCCACAUCAAGACAUCACGAAGCCUCCACAUCAUGUGCCACAUCCCAGUCUUCUGCUGGAUCACUGCUACAGUUCUGGAGAAUAUGCUAGAAACCAGAAAGAGGCGAGAGUUGCCCAAGACUCUGACUGAGAUGUACAUCCACUUCCUGGUGAUUCAGGUCAAAGUGAAGAAUGUCAAGUAUGAUGGAGGAGCUGAGACAGAUCAACACUGGAGUCCAGAGAGCAGGAAGAUGAUUGAGUCUCUGGGAAAACUGGCUUUUGAGCAGCUGCAGAAAGGAAACCUGAUCUUCUAUGAAUCAGACCUGACAGAGUGUGGCAUCGAUAUCAGAGCAGCCUCAGUGUACUCAGGAGUGUUCACACAGAUCUUUAAAGAGGAGAGAGGACUGUACCAGAAUAGGGUGUUCUGCUUCAUCCAUCUGAGUGUUCAGGAGUUUCUGGCUGCUCUUCAUGUUCACCUGACUUUCAUCAACUCUGGAGUCAGUCUGCUGGAAGAACCACAAACUGGGGAACACUUCUACAAGAGUGCUGUGGACAAGUCCUUACAGAGUCCAAAUGGACAUCUGGACUUGUUCCUUCGCUUCCUCCUGGGUAUUUCACUACAUUCCAAUCAGACUCUCCUACAAGGCCUGCUGACACAAAGAAAACGUAGCUCACGAACCAAUCAGGAAGUAGUGCAGUACAUCAAGCAGAAGAUUGGGGAGAAUCCUGGUCAGGAGAGAAUCUUUAAUCUCUUUCACUGUUUGAAUGAACUGAAUGAUCGUUCUCUUAUGAAGGAAAUUCAACAGUCCCUGAGAUCAGGAAGUCUCUCCACAGAUAAAUUUUCCUCUGCCCAGUGGUCAGCUCUGGUCUUCAUUUUAUUGUCAUCAGAAAAACAUCUGGAUAAGUUUGACUUAAAGAAAUACUCUGCUUCAGGAGAAGGCCUUUUAAGUCUGUUGCCUGUGGUCAAAGCCUCCAAUUAUGCUCUACUAUGUGCCUGUAAUGUCUCAGAGAGAAGCUGUAGAGCUCUGUCUUCAGUUCUCAGCUCCCAAUCCUCUAGAUUGAGAGAACUGGACCUGAGUAACAACAACCUGAAGGAUUCAGGUGUGAAGAUCCUGUCUUCUGGAUUAAAGAGUCUGCACUGCAAACUCAACACUCUUCGACUGUCAGGCUGUCUGAUCAGAGAGGAAGGCUGUAUUUCUCUAGCCUUAGCGAUUAGCGCCAAUCCUUCUCAUCUGAGAGAGCUGGACCUGAGGUACAACCAUCCAGGAGAGGGAGGAGUGAAACAGCUGAAGCAGCUGAGAUGGGAAACUCUCAGCACUAAAGGACUCCGCAAGGGCUGUCUCUCCCUAGCAGCACCUGGCCCUCUCCUCCUCUUCAGUUUGCCUCGAAAUAAGCUCAUCAUAUUCUGUGAUAUGAUUUACUCUGAGGUGUUUGACGAGGCUGGAGUCCGAUGGUUGAAACCAGGUCUGAGGAAGUAUUCCUGUCAACUCACAAUCGACACAAACACAGUAAACAGAGAACUUAAACUCUCUGACAACAACAGGAAGGUGAAACGUGUGGAGGAGAAUCAGUCAUAUCCUGAUCAUCCAGACAGAUUUGAUGACUGUCCUCAGCUGCUCUGCACAGAUCCUCUGACUGGUCGCUGUUACUGGGAGGUCGAGUGGAGAGGAGACAUUGAAAUAUCAGUGAGUUACAGAGGAAUCAGAAGGAAAGGACAUAUAACAGACUGUGGGUUUGGAUCAAAUGAUCAAUCUUGGAGUCUGAGGUGCUCUGACAAUGGUUACUCUGUGUGGCACAGUAAGCGGCACAUGCGCAUCUCCUCUUCUUCCUCCUUCUCCUCUGUUUCUAACAGAGUAGCAGUGUAUGUGGACUGUCCUGCUGGCACUCUGUCCUUCUACAGAGUCUCUGACAUUUUGAUCCACCUCCACACCUUCAACACCACAUUUACUGAACCGCUUUAUCCUGGAUUUAGGUUAAGGUCCAACCCUGAUUCCUCUGUUUCUCUCCCCCUGUUAGGCAAAAUUUAG